UCUCCCCCCCACCACCUCCACCAGCCCCGGCUCUUAGCACUCCUCGCGUUGGCGCUAUUCAGUCUGCCCGGACUCCCGUGGGAUUCGCAGCCCAGCACAGUGUCACAGCUGCCAACCGCCCGGGACUCCGCCUGGACCCAGCAGCAGCAGCAGCAGCACACCUGGGCGAACUCCGGCUGCGGAGACGCUGAUGCGUAAGGCCGGAACUGCUGGCGGAGAUCGCUCUCACCGCUGACGAUGCUGCGCGGGCCAAGGCGUCUCUGGAGGAACAAGAACAACAACAAGAACAACAACAACAAGAACAACAACAACAAGAACAACAACAAGAACAACAACAAGAACAAGAACAACAAGAACAACAACAGCAGCAGUCACACGACAGCCAUCACCUGUGUAGCCUCGCGCCUCCUCCAACAUUAGCGGGGGACGCCGCAACGAUGACGCAUCAGCACCGGCAGGACUCGGAGACGUCGGGCAGAGACCCCUGGCAGAGCCGCUCCGUCGCCAUGCACCCUCGCAAGAGAAAGAAAAGGUUCCGCUGUGACCGCAUCCUCUUCCUGGCCACCGUGACCACCUGCGCCUGCCUGCUGCUCUCCUCGCCGGAGGACGGCACGCCGAGGACGGAUGACGAGCAGGCGCCGGACGCGGCCAUCGUCCGGACGCCGUCCGCAUCUUUCAGAACGAGGAGGGCUCUACAAGAGGAGGGGGUCGGCAACAACGAGACGGACGGGGGGCGGCGGUGGAGGAACGCGUCCGCGGGCAACGCGAGCGCGAACCUGGGUGGGCGAGCCGAGAGGCGAGCGGCAGACAACGCGUCGGCCGUCGCCUACGAACCGCAGGGGGACUACCCGCAGGACCUCUUCUCGCUGGCGGAGCGACGCCAGGGUGCCGUGGCAUUCCACAUCAUGGGCAUGAUGUACAUGUUCAUCUCGCUGGCCAUCGUGUGCGACGAGUUCUUUGUGCCGGCGCUCACGGUCAUCACGGAGAAGCUGCGCAUCUCCGAAGACGUGGCGGGAGCGACGUUCAUGGCCGCGGGCGGUUCGGCGCCCGAGCUCUUCACGUCGCUCAUCGGGGUCUUCAUCUCGCACAGCAACGUGGGUAUCGGCACCAUCGUGGGCUCAGCCGUCUUCAACAUCCUGUUCGUCAUCGGCAUGUGCGCCGUCUUCUCCAAGGAGAUCCUCCGCCUCACGUGGUGGCCACUAUUUCGGGACGUGAGUUUCUACAUCAUCGACCUCAUCAUGCUCAUCAUCUUCUUCCUGGACAACCAGAUCAUGUGGUGGGAGAGCGUCACGCUGCUGUGCUGCUACAUCAGCUACGUGAUCUUCAUGAAGUUCAACGCGAACGUGGAGGGCUGGGUGAAGAACAACAUCGUGCGCAGACGGGUCGUCAGGGUCACGGCAGCUGAGGAUGACAAGAUGAGCAACGGCACGAACAUGAGUGAUGAAGUGGACGAAACCAAACUCAAGCCCAAGCCACAGCUGCAGCGCGGUGGCAGCUCAGCCUCGCUGCACAACAGCACCAUGAGGAAUGGGAUUUUCCAGCUCAUGAUCCACACUCUGGACCCCCUCAGCGAAGUUGAUGCAGAAGCGAAUCCAAAUGUCACCCUGACCGAAGAAGGGAGGUUCAGAGAAAAGGCAAGCAUCUUGCACAAGGCGGCCAAGAAGUUACAGUCUGGACAGGACGAACUGGAAGGAGAAGAAGGGAGGCGACCUGCGAAGCGGGAGCAGCCGAAUACCGUGAGCAUCGCCGUACCGGUGGGGCCGCCCGGGCUGCAAAACGGCAACGCCCGGCACAACGAGGAGAUCCAGAGAGACGCCGACACGACGGGAGCCGUCAGGGAGGCCGCGAGGCCGGCAGCGGAGGAGGAGGACGGCGGCGGCGAUGACGACAACGAGCAGCCCCUCAGCCUGGCGUGGCCCAACAGCUGCCGCAAGAGGAUCACCUUCCUCAUCAUCUUCCCAAUCAUAUUCCCACUGUGGCUCACGCUGCCAGACGUCAGAAACCCCUCAGCAAAGAAAUUUUUUGUGGUGACCUUCUUCGGAGCCAUCCUGUGGAUUGCAGCGUUCUCCUACCUCAUGGUGUGGUGGGCCCAUCAGGUGGGAGAGACCAUUGGCAUCACGGAGGAGAUCAUGGGCCUCACCAUCCUGGCAGCAGGAACCUCCAUCCCUGACCUCAUCACCAGCGUGAUCGUCGCUCGCAAGGGACUGGGUGACAUGGCCGUCUCCAGCUCCGUGGGCAGCAACAUCUUCGACAUCACCAUUGGACUGCCCUUCCCCUGGCUGCUCUUCGCCAUGCUCCACUCGUUCGAACCGGUGAAGGUGAGCAGCAACGGGCUCUUCUGCGCCAUCGUGCUGCUAUUCCUCAUGCUGCUCUUCGUCAUCAUCUCCAUCGCCCUCUGCGGCUGGAAGAUGAACAAGGCGCUGGGAGGCAUAAUGUUCUUGCUCUACUUGCUCUUCCUGGUGACGAGCGUGCUUCUGGAGGACCGCGUCAUCGUCUGCCCGAUCACCGUCUGAUCACGCGUUCCACUCAGCCCUGGCCGUGCUGGAAGUCGAGUCACGCGUCAAUCCUCAAGCAAUGCCAUUCCCUCGCUUCGUCGUUACGUUGCAUGUUGUCGUUUGUUGCUGUCGUCUCAAGUCUCAUUGAAGCGCGAUUUCACCGCGGCGCGCACAGCACUUGCUCUGCACGUUGACGUGCGGUCUGGACUCUUGACACGUGGGAGCAGACGGGUGGACGGUGGGAGGGGGGGGGGGAGCGAUUCAUCCCCCCAAGAGCGGCGGGUUCUACGAGAAGGACCAAGAGAGAAAGAGCGCGUUUGACACUCGGUACGGCGGAUGAGCACGUCGUCGUCCCUCGGUCAGUGGUGAAGAGGAAGGGGGCACGGAGCAGUCGUGGUGGUCGACCAUGCGACCGUCAUCCAGGCUGCACUUGGACAUCCUAACAAUAACCGACACUUGAAGCGCCGUUGGCUACGUAGCCAAAGUGGGGAAUUGCUUUGCACCACCUUCAAUUGAGGCUUCAGAUAGGUUUGUGGGGAGGAGGUGGAGGGGGGGGGUAUAUACUGGAAUGUUUUUCUUUUCUCUCAACGUUGAACCUCAAACCGCUUGGUAGUCCCGUAGCAACGAAUGGAGCAACAGAUAACUGAUACCGGACAACUAACCGCAUUGCCCUGCAGUUUUGAACGCGUCGUCGUGAAUGCGGUCUAUCGGUUUGACGGGGGUGGGGGGGGGUUUGACGAUUCGAAGCGUCCAAGGCGAGUUCGUGGUUCCGGCUGUAAAGCGGCGCAGCGUCGUGCUCGCGUUCGUGUGUGAACACUGAACGGCGCUUGUCUAACGAACCUUCUUCACGUACAGAGACACGCGUUCUAUGAAGUUAGAGGAAAGGAUGGCCCUCGGAAUGGAAUUUUCCAAGGGGCUCCGCUAAAUUAUGGUCUCGCAGAUGCGGACCUGCGGCAACGCUGUGCUGCCUGUUAAGCUCCAACAAUGUUAUUUUGGUCAGCUAUUAGUUGGGGACAAUGUUUGAUUGUGCACGAAGCCAUUGCUCUUUCUUGUUUCUUUACACGCAUGUUACGUGAUGUACUGCAAUUUCCGGAGACAUAUGCACUUUUACGUAGGAAUCUUUGUUUUUAUGUAGCUGAUGAAAGCUCCAAACAGUGGUCUACAGAUCACAAAUGAUCAUCAGUGCAGGCCCCAUAUGAGCAUGCUUUAGCUUUAUUGAGAUGACACUUGAGACAGACGGGAAAUAAUAACACAUUUGGAAUUAAUGCAUCGCCCAAAUUGUAGGGUCAACGCUAUCCUCAAGUCAGAGACGGAUACAGCAAAGGCACAGACUUGAGGACCGGUCAGAAAUAGUAAUGCAAUAAAGUAUUGACAAUUGUGCUUUUUUUUUGUUUUGCUUAAACCACCAAUAUACAAGAGGGUUUGCCAGUCCAGAAAGCUUAAACGCAUAUGUUGAUCAAGAAUCUGGAGGAAACGCCUGGCCACUUGUUUCUCCGGCGCUCACAUUCUCCGAAGACGACACGCCAGGAGAACGCUGCCAACGUGCCGCUUCGGCUGCACGGCAGUGUAAAGCCCCGAACGCGCGCGGGCACGUUCAGUUGGCUCUGCUUAAAAUACACCUGCCUGUGUAGUGGUAACGUACGUAGGAUUCUCAUUGCUUCCGUUGAAGAAGUAUCAUUGCAGCGGAGAGGGGAUCCAGUACUUCCCAAGUUCAGGCUUUGUAUUGCACUUAGCGAUGUAGCGGUCUACGUGCGAAGCACCCACCCGGAACUUCCACGGUAAAGUCCUCGCUUAACGCGGUAGAUGCGUUCCGGAAAAGCGAACGAACACAUUGCAUAAUCGUAACUCGUUAUAGGCAAAAUGCCGGCACACAAAUGAACCACAACACCUUGCUCAUCUCGUCAAGGAGUAUAAACCAUCACGCGAACUCUCGCCAUCCUCGCAGCGGCUACCCAUUGAACAAAGACGGCCACU